AUGGAACAAGAAGUUUCAGCAAAUGUAAACCAAAUUUACAAACAUGAAGACAGGCGAAUUCUCUUGAUUGGCAUACCUGGGUCUGGAAAAAGUGCAUUUGGAAAUAACUUACUGGCAGCCAAAGAUGUAUUUGAAUCUAAAUGCUCACUAAGUGUGGUAACACGAAACGUUAAGUGUGGAAUAGGAAAAUGGAGAGAAAAGCAGCUCAUAAUAUAUGAUACCCCAGGAAUUCACCGAAAGACUCAAGGUUCUGAGGUCGACCCUAAGAAUAAAUUCGUUAAAAUAAUGGCAAAUUUGCUUUUGAGACUUAGCCCUGGAUUUCAUAUUUUAGCAUUUGUAAUAAGUCUUGAAAAAUUAUCAGAAGACACAUUAUUCCUACUUGAAAAAUUGAAAGAUUUAUUUAGAGAGGAAUUAACAAAGUACGUUCUUGUAGUAUUUACAAAAGCAGACAACUUGGAGAAAUAUCAAACUAUUCCGUCCCUUAUCGCUGAAACCGAUAAGAAAAUUAAAGAUUUCGUAGAAAAAUGUGAUUAUGUCGGAAUAAAUAAUAAAGCCACUGAUAAAGAAGAAAUGGAAAAACAACUACAAUCAUUUUUUGAGAAGGUAGAACAGAAAAUUGCGAGAAACAAUUGCGGAUGUUAUACAUAUGGGGAUUUCAAAAAAUCAUACAUGUACGAGCUUCUGCAGGAGGAAUCAGCUAUGAUAGACAUAGAAGAAACAUUUGUAAAGGUAGAAAGAUUGCCUCUAGUACAAGUUGGAGAACAAACCAGAUUGGAAACCAAUUUAAAGUCAACUUGUUCCAUUUUAUAA